GACAAGGCAAUCAAUUUUGAUUACGCCCACGCAACGCCUAUGCCUGUAAUUGUCCCAGGGACUCUCUACGUCACAUUAUCUGGCAAUCUGACCUCUGACCUGCCUAGAAGAGUCAACGUAUACAUCAACAUAAAGAAAUAUUUCUUCGGGUUCCCUUUCUCUGUUCCCUGCUUUAGUGACGGGAUCGGAUCAUGGUGAGUAAUGAAUGAGUGAGGGGUCAGUUAUGGUCUGGUCAAUGGUCAGUCGUGGCCGUGUGACGGGUCGGGGUCAAUAGUCAUAGUGGUCAGAAUUGUCUAUUUAAAUACUCGGCAGUGGCUGUUUGCGUGAAUAGUUGGGAGUUUUUAGUGGUCAGUAUUGGGUAGUUUAGUGUUUAGCAGGGGCCAUUCUAAUGGACAGUAGUGUCUUUUUGUUUGAGCAGUGGCGAUUUGAAUAGUUCCAAUAGCAGGGGCUUUCUGUGGUGUGUACUGACAUUUGAAUAGUUCCAAUAGCAGGGGCUUUCUGUGGUGUGUACUGACAUUUGAAUAGUUCCAAUAGCAGGGGCUUUCUGUGGUGUGUACUGACAUUUGAAUAGUUCCAAUAGCAGGGGCUUUCUGUGGUGUGUACUGACAUUGAAGGAAUCAUGAUUUGAAUAGUUCAAAUAGCAGGGGCUUUCUGUGGUGUGUACUGACAUUGAAGAAAUCAUGAUUUGAAUAGUUCCAAUAACAGGGGCUUUCUGUGGUGUGUACUGACAUUUGAAUAGUUCCAAUAGCAGGGGCUUUCUGUGGUGUGUACUGACAUUUGAAUAGUUCCAAUAGCAGGGGCUUUCUGUGGUGUGUACUGACAUUUGAAUAGUUCCAAUAGCAGGGGCUUUCUGUGGUUUGUACUGACAUUUAAGAAAUCAUGUUGUCAUUAUUUUCAUGGUGACAUUAUGGUGCCCAUCUGUCUGGUGCCCAUCUGUCCCCGUAAGUUAAUUUUGUAGGGUCAAUAAAACAGGUCAACUAAACAGUUAAUUUAUUGCAUUUGUUCACCCACUAGAUAUUUUACUGCAGAAGUAUUCUCUCUCUCACUCUCUCUCUCUCUCUCUGUCUCUGUCCCCGCUCUGUCCCACGCAGUUCGUACGAAAACAUCUGUAGACAGCUGGAACAGUACGAGGCGACUGGAUGUCCCAAGGCACUGCGACAUUUUGGCAUUCCCUGUCAUUGUCCAUUUUCUCCUGGACAUUUCAACAUCACACAUCUGCCCAUCAAUGUGCCGAGAAUUCACGGACUUGCCACCACUCUCGUCAACGUGAGUAAAUCCAUGACAUUAGUGACAUGUAAGUGACACAUGACAUUAGUGACAUGUAAGUGACACAUAAUUGUAGUGACAUGUUGGUGACAAAUGACAUAAGUUACCUUUUUAUAACAUGAUAUUGGAGACAUUUUGGUGGCAUAUUAUACUAAUUAUAGGAGAUACAUGCUGUGACAUCUGAUCUUAGUGACAAAUUGGUAAGAUAUGAAAUUAGUGACAUGUCGGUGACCAAUGUUUAGUGUCAUGUUGUGGCCUAACACAUGUGAUACGUCGAUGAUCAAUGUUUAGUGUCAUGUUGUGGCCUAACACAUGUGAUAUGUCGGUGACCAAUGACUUUUGUGACCUGUUGGUGAUGUAUGACAUGUAUGACAUAUUGCAAACACAUCUUUCUUGCUAUACAUAUAUGCAAGUCAUCGGUGUAACAUGAACUUGAUUUCAUUGACGUAACGACGUCGUAAUGCAUUCAUGGACUACGUCACUCAAUAGUUAGGAACUCAAUCUCAUUCAAUAAUGGACUCCAUGGACUCAAUAGUUAGGAACUCAAUCUCAUUCAAUAAUGGACUCCAUGACUCAAUAGUUAGGAACUCAAUCUCAUUCAAUAAUGGACUAUAUACUCAGUGGUUAGGAAUUCAGUCAAUCUCAUCCAACAACUUCUCGUAUUUAAAUGUAAAAUAAAAAUAAUAGGUUAUUUACAGGUAUAGUUUGUGAGUUUAAUAUAAUGGCAUGACCAUUGGUUAAAUUUUAACGGCAUGUGAUAGGUUUUAACAACAAGAAAUUUAGUCGUAAUAUAUUAUACCGAUGUGUUAAAUUUGAUAAUUUUAUUCUUAUUUUAAUCAAUGAAAUAGUUCGAUUAGAUGUUAACAUAAAAGUUCGAUAAGAUUUCCGUCCAAUGCUGACGUCAUGUUUAUCUCUGACCAUCUACGACAGGGCGACUAUCAGCUGGAGCUCAGAAUCAUUGAAGAGGACGGACCGGAGCUGGGGUGUCUUCGUGUCAACUUUUCUCUCAAGAAACGCCACCGUGGGUGGCUGUUCAAGAUCUGA